AUGACAUCAUCACCACCAACCGGCGUCUUCGUCCCCGUCCCGACCUUCUUCAAACCCCAAUCCGAAUCCAAAUCGCUGCAACCCGCUGUCGACGUGCAGACUCAAGUCGAGCACUCUGUGUUUCUUGCCAAAAAUGGCGUGCGCGGCCUCGUCCUGCUUGGCUCCACAGGCGAAGCGAUUCACAUGUCGCGACAGGAGCGCAUCGACCUUGUCACUGGUGUGAGAAAGGGGCUCCACGAGGCGGGCUUCGAGCACUACCCGAUCAUGGCCGGUACAUUAAUCAACAGCGUGGAUGAGACGCUUGAGUGGCUACAAGACUUCAAGCAAGCGGGUGCGCAAUGGGGACUUGUCCUUGCGCCGGGCUACUUCGGAGCCGCGGCGAGCCAGGAAGGCAUCAGAGAAUGGUAUACCGUUGUCGCGGACAAGAGCCCGUUGCCCGUACUUAUCUACAACUACCCCGGUGUAACCAACGGCGUCAUGGUCACCCCCGAAACCUACCGCAUCCUCGCCCAACACCCCAACAUCGUCGGUUGCAAGAUGUCGCACGCCGUCGUCUCAUGGCACAACCAAGUCUCCCUAGACCCCAAGAUCGACCACAACAAAUUCCGCGUCUACUCUGGCCUCGGCCAACAACUCGGUCCCAUCGUCAUCUUCGAUGCCGCAGGUGUCAUCGAUGGUCUCGCAGCCAUAUAUCCCAAGACCGUUUGCUCGUUGAUGAAGCUGGCGGAGACAAGACCCAUCACCGAUGAGAACCUCAAGAAGAUGAAGGAGCUGCAAUACACCGUUAGUACUGCGGAGGAGUUCAUCGGCAAGUAUGGGAUUGUAGGCAUCAAAGAAGCAGUCAAGAGGGUCACCGGUUUUGGCACAAUGGAGGGCGGAAGGCUGCCCCUCAAGGGUAAGCUUCCUGAUGGCGAAUGGGAGAAGUGGAGUGAAACUUGGGAAAGGAUACAGAAGAUGGAGGAUUCGUUGGGCGAGAAGGACUUCAAGUAG